UCAAUGUAGUUCCGAAUGCAUGAUGCAUGCACGCUUGAAUCCAGUCGCACGGACGGAAUACCAUGUGUCAUCUACAAAACUGCAAACGCACUGCUAACAAGAACAUGUCAGCUAAUCUUUACUCUUGUCUACCCGCAAGAUACGUUCGCAAUUCCGUUUUAACGAUCCCCGUCAACACAAAGUUUGCCAAUCUGUACAAGUAUACCCUUUUUGAUGGAGCUGAACAAUUCCGCUACAACGACGGCGACCUACUCACAGAUUGAUCUGGAAGAUAAGGAGCAAGCGGUUCCCCAAGCCCACGCCGUCGCCGUUCUGGGAGUUCCUCACGUCAAGGCUGUACCGAAAGUUGAAGUCGUGGCACCCGCAGACCUCGCCGGGGGGUACCAGUUCACAGUCGACUUGAAUGGACGUGUUCUUCUCGUCUCAGUGCCGGAUGGCGGAGUCUCGCAAGGCCAAAGCUUCCAGGCGACUGUCGUCAGCGAGGUGGAUCAUGACCGUGAUGGCCCUCAUGAAAGUGGGCGCCAGGCGUCGGGUGACGUUCCAGUGGGGGGCUGGCGCGACGGCCUUUGUGAUUGCUGCUCGCACGGUUGCUGCCACCCCACGUGCUGCCUUUCGUUCUGGUGUCCCUCAAUUGCUCUGGGACAGGUCAUGACACGCAGCGGACUCAAUUGGUUGGGUGACCCAUUGGAAAACAGUGGUCACAAAACUCCUCCAGCACACAGUACGGGAUGGUCGGCCUUUAAGAUUCUCCUGGUCUUGACGAUUGCCAUGGUUGCGUUGAACCAGUUUCUGGUGAUCAUUAUCGCGGGAGCACGCCCCAACUACUACGGCAACGACCCUAGCCAGCCGGUGCCCUCACCGGAAACCCCGAUCUGGAUAAUCGUAACGGACUCGCUUCGUCAGGUCUUGAUGGGCCUCUUAGGUCUCUACUUUUUGGUAGUCACCAUCAAAACGCGUGGACUUUUGCGUCGGCGCCACGCGGUUCCGGGCGAAUGCGGCCACGAUGGCGUCGAUGACUGCUGUCUCAGCUUCUGGUGCCGCUGCUGUGUCGUGGCCCAGAUGCUCCGCCAUACGGCCGAUUACAGCCACCAAAAGGCAGCCUGCUGCACCGAAACUGGCUUGGCACACGAUCAACACAUUGUGUAAGGGGG